GAAUAGCUGUAGUCCAUUUACGUGUAGAGUUCCAUGUAACGCGCCGGUUGCAUGCCUUGAUUGAGGGACACCAUGAUUUGCGCGACACCUUCCUCAAGCGCAGCCCAGGUAGACGCGAGGUCGUCUGCUCUCGGCAUGCCUGGCCUCUGGGCAGCUGGCAUCUUUGCUAGGGGUCGUACUGACUCAGACUCUGGUGGCGGUUUGUGUGGUCGAGCCUCAUCUCUGCAAUUGCGUCGCGUUCAGACUCGAGACCUCAACAGCACACCAAGUACAACACUGGGCAAGCUGUAGUAGAGGGCCAGGGAAGCAGAUUCCCGUAUCAAGCUACCACGGCCUGGAUUCUGUACUCUGCUUUAUUCCAGCUUCUUUGACGCAUCGCACACCCAAGACAUGUCAUGAAGUUCUCUUUGCUCUCUUUUCGGCUCUUUCAGCUCUGUAAUGUUAUCUAUACAUUUACAAUCAUCGAAGUGUACGUGUUCAGACCAGGCAUACCUAUCCUCGGCAUGCACACCAUUGCUCUGGCGGCACUGAUCUUUCUGACAGUCAAUGUGCUCAAGCUUCGCAAUUGGACAGACAGCAGCUAUAUUCUUGCAGUUGCCUGCUUCAUGUUUUGGACGCCGGUCAUGAGCGAGCGAUUUCUCCUCUACUUGAAGUAUCGAGCAAUGGAAAUCUUGCGCUGGGUGCCCUCUACCGAUAUUGUAGGCGAUGCGACUUUCAAAACAAGCUUUGAAUUACUUGACGAUGGCCUUUAUCGGCUAAAGGUCCUGGCGAGCUCAAGCUUAGAAGGGCCAGUUGCAGACCAUGUCUCUAUCAUGUCAAAAGCCGAGGUGCAUAGGAUCUACUGGAAACUGGUAGACGCCAGUUACACAGGCACUCGCUAUAAAGCCCCUGGCGCCACGCUUUUGAGAAUCCUCGCAUCGCCCUUCAAUUUAGGCCAAGCAUUACAGCGUCACUUGCUCAACCCUCUGCUAUGGCGUAUGAUUGGCGACAAGGCUAUGGCAAAUACCCCGAUGCUUGUCAUGAUCAGUGUGCCGAUUGCAUGGUUUAUUCUGGCAAGACAGCAGUUCAAUCAAGCGCCACGCGCCAAUUGAUGCAUGUACCUCUUUGCAGGAAAGACCGAUCUUUUACUAGGCUUGGUUCUGCCUGGACGAGAUCUGCUACUCGAAAAGUUCGGCAGCUUGCGGUGUCUACCUGCCGUGAGAAGGGCUUCAUGAGAGUGCAGCGCAGACGGUUACAAAUUGAUCGGUGGUAGAAGAGUCAGUGUACUCAACAAUAUCCGGCAGCCAGCCGUACGACACAG